GUAUUCUACCCUAGCAAAGAUGGUACUAAGAUCCCAAUGUUUAUUAUUCACAAGAAAGGAAUUAAAUUGGAUGGUUCUCAUCCUGCCUUCCUGUAUGGAUAUGGAGGCUUCAACAUAUCCAUUACACCAAGCUACAGUGUGUCAAGACUUAUUUUUGUGCGACACCUAGGAGGUGUUCUAGCAGUGGCGAACAUCAGGGGUGGUGGUGAAUAUGGAGAGACCUGGCACAAAGGUGGUAUCUUGGCCAACAAACAAAAUUGCUUUGAUGACUUUCAGUGUGCUGCCGAAUACCUCAUCAAGGAAGGCUACACAUCCCCAAAGAAGUUGACUAUUAAUGGAGGCUCAAAUGGGGGCCUCCUAGUUGCUGCCUGUGCUAAUCAGCGCCCCGACCUAUUUGGUUGUGUUAUUGCCCAAGUGGGAGUGAUGGACAUGCUCAAGUUCCACAAGUACACCAUUGGCCAUGCUUGGACCACUGACUACGGUUGCUCUGACAAUAAAGAGCAGUUUGAAUGGCUGUACAAGUACUCUCCACUUCACAAUAUCAAGCUACCAGAAGAAGAUGGCAUUCAGUAUCCCUCUACGCUGCUUCUCACAGCAGAUCAUGAUGAUCGCGUGGUCCCUCUACAUUCACUGAAGUUUAUCGCUACUCUGCAAUAUGUUGUGGGCCGAAGCCGUAAACAAACCAAUCCACUUCUCAUCCAUGUUGACACCAAGGCUGGGCACGGAGCAGGAAAGCCAACUGCUAAAGUUAUAGAAGAAGUGUCAGAUAUGUUUGCUUUUAUAGCACGAUGCCUAAAUCUUGAUUGGAUUGAAUAGGCAAAAUGCUUAUUGCUGUCUCCUUUAGAAAACAAGGGCUUUAACACCAUUUAAGACCAACCAGACUACUACUACUUGGUGUAGUAUUUAAGAACUGCAGUUUAAUAUUUUAUUGAUCCAACCUGCUAUGGGGUUUUAAUCUUCUGUGCUUCCCUCUUUUUUGGCUUUUCUUUGAAUUUCUUUUCUACUGUGUUCCAAAGUACAUUUUGAAAAGCAUGUUCAAAUAAAUAGCUGAGCUGCUGUUGGUGCUGUUGUGAACAUUUAGAUUCCAGAGUUAGUGCUAGUUGAGCUUAUUUCCUGUAAACAAUUUUAAUGUAUUUUGCACCUAUAAAUAUAUCCAGAUCAUCUGUAAUUAAAUGUAAGUACUGUCCACAUAAAAGAACUCUGAGCAUACUUUACUUACACAGUAACUUAUUUAAGAAUGUCAAUUGAAGGUGUUCACUGAUAGCCAUGAAAUACUGAAGAGACAGUAAUCUGGACAAUUAAGUCAAAUAUUAUUAAAAAGCUUAUAUUACAUGUUGUUCAUAA